UUCCUCUUCUUCUGCCACGGCCGCGGUUAUUCUCAGCACUUUGGUUGCAGUUUCCGGUUCUUUUGUUUUUGGGUCUGCUGUUGGAUAUUCAUCGCCUGCUCAGACAGGGAUCAUGGAUGAACUUGGCCUCUCUUUGGCAGAGCUGAAAGGAAUAAGAUUUUGGAGAGAAGCAGAGCAGAUAAAGGUAUUUACAUGCAACAAGUUGGCUAUGUUCUACAGGAUGCAUUUUCUCGAAGAUGAGAAGCUGUUUACAUAAAAAUGUAAAAAGGUACUUACAUUAUAAUUGUGUUUUAUCUCUAAAAAGGUAUUUACAUGAAAAUUUUCCUGUUCCCUGAUGCAUCUUGUGAUGAUGCAUAGAAAAUGUAGCAGAUGCCCAGAUAAUGCCUACAACGAAACAAGGGAAAGUUGAUCUAUACUUAAAUAUUUCAGUGGCCUGGGAAAAACUAAUGCAACUACUGGACUUAGUGAGCCUUAACUCUUUCUUUGCCAUUUUAUUUGUGUUUAUUAGCCCAAAAGGUCAAUUAACAGGAUCGGGUCUCUUUCCAAUUAGUAAGGACCACCAAUGCAAUGAGGCGUGGAGACUUCUUUGUUGACAACUUAGCAGUUAAACUAGGAAUAUGGUUGAAAUUUAGGGCUCUAAACCCAUGCUGGGCAAUUUUAUUUGAAGUAAGUGAAAGAUAUGGUUCAAAGUUCAAACGUGAAUGGAGAGAUGCUGGAAACAAUUAUUUUUGCGCCUAGCUUGUAUUGAAUGAAAAGAUAGAAUCAAAUAGUAUUCACUGUGUAUGUUGCCGUAUCUUAUUUUUAAUGCGUUUAUUGAGUCAAUGUAAAAAUAUGGGCAUUUUACUGGCGGUAAAGUUCAAUUACUUUUGAAAUGCUGUACAGCUGAUCAGUCUGAUUGAGUGGUUUAAGUGAAAUAGAAUUCAUAGAAUGGAUUUUUCUGGUUCCCUUUUCGUGUUUUAAUUUCUUUAUUUGAUUUAAUUUUUUCUUACUUUUUGCUGGCUGCAAAAUUGUAGUAUUCAGUUUUUGGAUCAAUAUCAACUGUUGGAGCAAUGCUGGGUGCAGUAGCAAGUGGCAAGAUAACAGAUUUCUUCGGCCGGAGGGGUACAAUGGGAUUCUCACAGAUAUUCUGCCUCAUUGGGUGGCUGGCAAUAGCAUUAUCACAGGGUGCUUGGAGCCUUGAUCUUGGAAGGCUUUCGCUCGGAUGUGGAGUUGGACUUCUUUCAUAUGUGGUACCUGUAUAUAUAGCAGAAAUAACCCCAAAGAAUCUUCGAGGAGGCUUCACGGCAGUUAAUCAGCUGAUGAUAUGUUGUGGUGUCUCAAUAAUGUAUGUCAUCGGGGUUUUUAUCAACUGGCGCAUCUUGGCUGCACUUGGAACUAUUCCUUGUUUGAUACAGCUUCUGGGUAUAUUCUUCAUUCCGGAGUCUCCUCGGUGGUUGGCAAAGAAUGAUCGAUGGUUAGAUUGUGAAAGGGCGUUGCAGCGCCUCAGGGGCAAGAAUGCAAAUAUUUCUGAAGAAGCUACAGAAAUUAGAGAUUAUACAGAGACCCUUCGAGAGUUGGCCAAAGCUAGGCUGCUUGACUUGUUCCAGUUGAAAUAUGCUCACUCCCUCAUUGUUGGAGUUGGGCUGAUGGUAUUGCAACAAUUUGGAGGGGUCAAUGGGAUUGCAUACUAUGCAAGUGCUAUAUUUGUAUCAGCUGGUUUUUCAAGCAGAAUCGGGACUAUAGCGAUGGUUAUUGUUCAGGUUCCUAUGACAAUGCUGGGCGUGUUAUUAAUGGAUAAAUCUGGACGCAAACCGCUCUUAAUGAUUUCUGCAGCGGGAACAUGCUUGGGUUGCUUUCUUGCCGGCUUAUCAUUCUUGUUGCAGGACUUACAAGUUGGGAAGGAUUUCAGUCCCAUCUUGGCACUUGUUGGCGUACUGGUGUUUACAGGAUCUUUCUCGUUAGGAGUGGGGGCAAUUCCGUGGGUUAUAAUGUCAGAGAUAUUUCCCAUAAAUGUGAAAGGCAUGGCUGGAAGCCUUGUGACAGUGGUCAACUGGCUUGGCUCUUGGAUCAUUUCGUAUUCCUUCAACUUCUUGAUGGACUGGAGCUCCGAGGGAACGUUUUUCAUCUUCUCGAGCGUCUCUGGUUUGACUGUCCUGUUUGUUGCCAAGCUGGUUCCAGAGACCAAAGGGCGGACUCUAGAAGAAAUACAAGCUUCAAUGAAUCCGUUUACAGCAACAAAAUAAGCUAGCUUGGUAUGGUUUAUAGAUUGCUAUUGCCAUGUUUCUUCUUUCUCGUCAUGGAUUUGUCAUUUGUGGGUCACUUCAAUUUAAAUUCAAGGCUUCAUGUCAUCACAGCGCACUUGAAAGGCACUCGAAAGUGUGGCUACUAGCCUACAACUGCAAUUGUCUGAAAUAAUUUGAAGUAGAAGAUUGACACUUAUCAAUGCAUGGAGCUGGGAUAUACAGCAUUUGAUGAUUAUGAGACUAGAACAACACUCACAUUUAUUAAGCUAGCUGCAAUAAAAGAAGAGAUUCGGCUUCAGCUUA